AUGAUCGCUCUCAUCCACCACGCCGUCCACUCCGGUGUCACCUUCCUCGACACCCCCGACAUCUACGGCCCCUUCACCAACAAAAUCCUUCUUGGAAAGGCUUUGGGAGGGGUGAGAGAGAAGGUGGAAUUGGCAACUAAGUUCGGAGUCAGGUAUGUGGAUGGGAAGUGGGAGACACGUGGCGAUCCAGCGUAUAUUGGGGAACUGAAGAAGCUAGUUGAAGAAGGUAAAAUAAAGUACAUAGGUCUCUCUGAGGCCUCUGCUUCAACCAUCAGAAGAGCACAUUCGGUUCAUCCAAUAACAGCUGUGCAGCUGGAGUGGUCUUUGUGGUCCAGAGACGUCGAGCAAGAAAUCAUUCCUACUUGCAGGGAACUGGGCAUUGGGAUUGUUGCAUACAGUCCUAUUGGACGAGGAAUCUUUUCCUCGGGGGUUAAGGCUGUCGAAAGGUUCAUACCUAGGUUCCAACCUGAAAAUCUAGAGCACAACAAAAUUAUAUUUGAGCGUGUUAAUGAAAUGGCAACGAGAAAGGGAUGCACCCCAUCACAGCUAGCAUUGUUUUGGGUUCAUCACCAAGGGGAUGACGUGUGUCCAAUUCCAGGAACCACCAAGAUUGAAAACUUCAACGAGAAUAUUAGAGCUCUGUCUGUGAAACUCACACCAGAAGAAAUGGUUGAACUCGAAUCAUUUGCUUCAGAGGAUGCUGUUAAGGGUGAUAGGUAUUCGAAUGAUAUUACGACUUGGAAGGAUUCUGAAACUCCACCACUUUCUUCAUGGAAAAUUGCAUAA